GCCGAGGAUCAUCAGUCCUGGCUCCAGGUACCUUGCCUAGGUACCCGUAGCUUCUCCGGACCGAACAAGUUUGAUUCCAUGUUCUCCCAAGAGCACCACUCUGGUAUUUGAAUGUCUUCUUUGCUCCAAAUUUGCGUCUGAAGAAGGGAGAAAUUUAAUACCUACGUCAAAUCCAAUUCGGCUACCAUGCCAUCCGAAUUACCUUACGCGAUCGAUGCCGAAACGCCUCUCAAGGCGUCGGAGCUGCAGGUUCUUCGGGCGCAGUAUGAGAAGGAAGGCGACAUGGUCGGCGUCCAAACCAAGUUCAACUACGCCUGGGGCCUCGUGAAAUCCGACACCCGCCACGAUCAACAACUCGGCGUCCGCCUGUUAUCCGAAAUCUUCCGCACGUCGCCCGAUCGUCGCAGAGAGUGCCUCUACUACAUGGCCCUGGGCAACUACAAGCUGGGGAACUACGCCGAGGCGCGACGAUACAACGACCUGCUGCUGGAUAAGGAGCCAGCCAACUUGCAGGCGGCCGACUUGCGACAACUCGUCGACGAUAAGGUGGCCAAGGAAGGGCUUAUGGGUGUCGCCAUCGUCAGUGGAGUGGCAGUUGCUGCGGGUGUGGUUGGGGCCUUCUUGAUGCGAAACGUCAGGAAGAGGUGACGUGGGCUUGUCUGGGAUCGGGUGUGUCACUUGUGUACCUCUGAGAGGUGGCGAGAUGUUAUGAGGCGGCUCCCCCUUGCGUUGGAAGGCUUUAUCGAACUGUGUACUUUUACGAAAGGAUGCGAUGGCUCUGGCUCUGUUGUUCUUAUGCCAAAGUCACGCAGAUCUAAUGGACAGACUACUUGGAUGUCUAACAAUUUGCUAUUAUGAGGGUUGUCUACGAACAAACUGUGCGGGCGUCUAACGGUUCCUGUACUUAAACCAUGGAUAACUUCAGAGGGAGGUAUAGUGAUUUUUGGG